UUUCUGUUCCAGACAGUCCGACGGGCGUACGAUGCGAUCAAGAUACAAGUAUCCACGAUCGCGAUAUCGCUGACUCUCUUCAACUUGGUGCGUCUCCCGAGAGAGGCGUUCAGAUACGGCGACCUGCAGUACUUGAUCAUUUACACGUUCUGGUUGAUAACACUCGGCCUGCCGAUCACGAUGCUGCAGUUGACGAUGGGACAACUCAGCCAACAGGAUCCUGUUGGUGUAUGGAGGGCUGUUCCAAUACUUAGAGGUAUUGGACAUUUAAAACUAUUGACUUCGUACUUAUGCUGUGCGUAUGGUAUGAUCUACGCUGCGCUCGCUUUUGCAUAUUUAAUAUGGAUCGCAAAAGGAUCCAUUCCUCUAAAGGAUUGUAUCAAAUUACAUAUCACACCGUAUGGAUAUGAAAAUAAAAUGAAUGCGUCAGAAUGUUUCAAUUCAACAUUUUUGGCGCCAUUCACUGAACACCCGCAGUAUCUCGGCGUAAUGGCUAUUUUAAUAUUCGUUUUAUGGUUCUUUGUGCCCAUUAUGUUGUACAGACUAAGGAAGUCAUUAACGAUAUCGUUUCUAACUAUAAGUCCAAUGAUCUUGAUAAUCGCUAUAGCUCUUGCUUCAUUUCUCUCGGAGAAUGGAAGUUUGUAUUCAUUAAUGGAAUAUUGUGAGAAUUGGAAGACUAUGUCUGAACCGUACAUUUGGCACAGUGCGUUGGUACAAGCGUUGCUGUCGACGCAGAUCGUUAGCGGAUAUCUGAUAAGUGCUGGUGGGACGGUCUACUCGUUUUCUGACGUCAGAUGGGUGUCAACAUUUGUUAUUAUUUCAAACAUACUAUCAGGAUGGUUGUGGGUAUUAUUUUGGGAGUUCAUCAGUGGCAGCAGCAAGAAAGAUCUGGGGAUCAUAACAAUAUUGGUGCUAAUCUAUCAAUCUUCAGUAUCAGAGCGAAGAGCUAAGGAAUGGCCGAUUUUGGCGUUCGCAUUAGUUCUACUUUCCGGGGUUAUAAGUGUGCUUACACUACUCUUUCCCGUGUACGACAAACUGCAUCGAUUAACCGGAGACCAAUGGCGGCUUUACGCCUCAGCAACGUCAGCAGUUGGGACAGCUCUGACGGUCGCAGUACUGGCUAGUGGACUUGACAUAGUGGCGCUGUUAGAUGAAAUGGUGGUGCCAGUGUUGGCCGUAUUCACAGCCGCUAUCGAAGUAGUAGGAUUCGUUUAUUUAUACGGCUGGUUCUACCUCACUAUCGACGUACAGUUUGUCACCGGGACGAGAUUGUCCAGUUAUUGGAUAAUUGUAUGGUGGUUAACUCCUUUCAUACUCCUGGGUGUCACGGGAUGGUGGCUGCGAGCGUCGCUACGUACUACCUGGGCCCAUGGUCCAGUGCUCUGGCCUUUAGUCGGGAUACUAAUUUUAAUAAUUGUCAUCAUAGUGAUAUUUGCUGCCAUAGCUGUUGCUAAAGAGGAACAAUUCAACUUGAUUACGAAAGUGGCAUCAGCAUUCCGUCCUUCACGUUUAUGGGGACCAGAGGAACCGAUGGCGCGAUAUCUUUGGAUGUCCCAACGUUAUUCAAGUGAACAUAGCACCGAAGUAGAAACCGCUUCCGAUCGCAAUAAUUAUUCACAUUUGAAAAGCAACAAAAGCAAAACUUACCAACAGAACUGGCUGACAUCUGAAUUAUACCAAAGAUCACCUGAAUUUGUUACUAAAAGUGAUAAAGUAGAUAGUAAAAAAGAUAUAGGACCUAUAUAUAAGAUUCAUGAUAGAUCAAAAGACAACGAAAAAGGAAGAGCUGAAAAAUUUCGAUCGCCCAACAUUUGUAUCGCCAGAGAUCAAAUUGGCGGACAAAGUAAAUGCACUUGUAACAGACAUUUCACGUUAAACGUGCCUGAUUUGAGGAACACUGAAGUGUCGACUAGUCUAUAAAAUAAUAUACGUACAACGAAAGUUUCGUCUAGUCGACAUAUUUAUUAAUAUGAUAUUAUAAAUACCGAAGAGAAUAAUUCUGCAUCAAAGACUACGAGAAUGGUCACAGAUCAUGGUGUGUGAAACAUAUUAUGGAAGAACGCAAAGGGGAAAAUAACAUUUUUGUACUAUAUGUGUAUAUUUACGUGUUUAUAAUUUGAAGUAAGUGAUUUGAAGGCGACAAAAGAGGAGCUAAUUGUGAAAAUGUCACCAAUAUUCAUUACCGAAAUCGACCAAAUGCUUUAUUAUCUAAUAACACUAAAGAAUACAGUAUAUGUAUCGGAAUGAAAACUGUAGAAAAUAAGCAAGAAAGUGAAAAGAGUAGAAUAGAUAAUGAAAACGAAAAUUAGCGAGACAAUAAACAUUAGAAGUUUCCACA